CUCAGCCCCGGCGCGCCGGGCAGGGGGCGGGGCCGCGGGUGGACUGCCGCCCGGGUCUCGGGUUCUGCGCAUGCUCCGCUCGCCGGCUCUCCUAGGUUUCGGGGCUGGGGAGGCGCCGCCCGCAGCGGCAGCCGUCACAUGGCGCAGGCGGGGAGCGCCGGUCCGGGGGCCUGGGGACGGCGGGGCGCGGGCGCAGGUGCGGGCCCGGAGCGCGCGCCUUGGCGCUGGGCCCCCGCGCUGCUCUGGCUGGCGGCGGCGACGGCGGCGGUGGCGGGCGACGCCUCCCGGCGCCAGUGGCCGGUGCCCUACAAACGCUUCUCCUUCCGUCCGGAACCAGAUCCUUAUUGUCAAGCUAAAUAUACUUUCUGUCCCACUGGUUCCCCCAUCCCUGUGAUGAAGGAUGAUGAUGUCAUUGAAGUCUUUCGAUUACAAGCCCCAGUGUGGGAAUUUAAGUACGGAGACCUUCUGGGACACUUGAAAAUUAUGCACGAUGCCAUUGGAUUCAGGAGUACUUUAAUGGAGAAGAACUACACAAUGGAAUGGUAUGAACUCUUCCAACUUGGAAACUGCACGUUUCCCCAUCUCCGACCUGAAAUGAACGCCCCUUUCUGGUGUAAUCAAGGAGCUGCCUGCUUUUUUGAAGGGAUUGAUGAUAGCCACUGGAAGGAAAAUGGGACGUUAGUUCUAGUAGCAACCAUAUCAGGAGACAUGUUUAACAAAAUGGCAAAGUGGGUAAAACAGGACAAUGAAACAGGGAUUUAUUAUGAGACAUGGACUGUCCAAGCCAGCCCAGAAAAGGGGGCGGAGAAAUGGUUUGAAUCCUACGAUUGUUCCAAAUUUGUGUUAAGGACCUAUGAGAAAUUGGCUGAACUUGGAGCAGACUUCAAGAAGAUAGAAACCAACUAUACAAGGAUAUUUCUUUACAGUGGAGAACCUACUUAUCUGGGAAAUGAAACAUCUGUUUUUGGGCCAACAGGAAACAAGACUCUUGCUUUAGCCAUAAAAAGAUUUUAUUACCCUUUCAAACCACAUUUGUCAACUAAAGAAUUUCUGUUGAGUCUCUUGCAAAUUUUUGAUGCAGUAGUUAUACACAGGGAGUUCUAUUUGUUUUAUAAUUUUGAAUAUUGGUUUUUACCUAUGAAAUCCCCUUUUAUUAAAAUAACAUAUGAAGAAAUCCCUUUACCUAACAGAAAAAACAGAACACUCUCUGGUUUAUAAAACCUUAAAUCUACUGCUUUUCUUUCUACCAGCACAUCAGUUUUUCAGGGAGUGGUUUUACAAAUGUGGGAUUUCUUAGGCCUUUCUUCCUUGGGGCAGAAAGCUAACAUACUCAUGGGCAGCAUUGCUUGCAUAAUGGUACCUCAGGAAAUUUUUUGGAAAGCUGUAAACUUUUACCAUAUUGGCCAAAGUGAACCCCUAAGGUGAUCUGGAUUUCAAUCUCCAAGCCUUCAUUCAUAUGGAGAAUAGGAUCUUUGGACUCAAUGUUACAUUGUGGAUAUGGUGUGCCAAGGCUUAAAUUAAAAUACCCUUGGUGACAUUCUCAGGGUGGGAGCUACUUUUCAAGGUAUGAUGGUUACGCACUUUCUCAUUUAAUGGACUUUAUAUAGCCUUUUAAACUUCAGGAACCAGGUCUUGCAGUUUGAUUUUGUUGUAUUCACUUAACCUUAAAGCGUAAUUUGGACACCAUAGCUGGAGUGGUUGUGUGCAGAUGCAGUAAAAUCAGUGGUAAAGAGCACAGAUCUCCAGCUAACAUUUCAGAACUAGCCAGUAACCAGCAAUUUGUGAUUUAAGCAACUUAACAUUUCCUAACGUCAGUUUCCUCAUCUCUAAAGCAAUUCAUCUGUCAGGACUAUUGUCAAGACUGAAGCCAUGUGUAGUUUGGCCUAGUGAGGUCACAAUAAGUGGUUAACUGUAAUGACUAAUCAAAAAAGAAACUGCCAUCCUUGAUCUUGUCUCAUGUGGUUUACAUGCCAGUCUCUCCUGAUUUUGUAAUAACCACUCAGACUUUGAACUGGCAGCUUAACGCUCUGCACUUCUUCAAACAUACAGGUCGUGGAAGCACCUGACUGCAUGUUAUGUCUGGGUGAACAGGCACCCUCUUAACUCCUUCACUGCCUUACAGUCCUUCCGCCACACACUAAAGCUGCAGCAGUAGAAGGAGUUACACUUCCCAGAGAGAGGGCAGGUUUUUGUCAGGGAUCACCAGGUAGCUGUGCUUCUCUUAGGGCCCUCAAACAAGGUGUCAAGGUCCUUCAAGUGUCUGAUGAUCAACUGAACACCUUAUUUCUAUUCAUGGGAAAAAAUACUAGUCAGUAAAAUGAUGCAGAGAUCAGAGGAAACAGUCUGGAUUUAAUAUUUAAAUAUACCAAUCCUAUUCUGUUUCUGCCCACAUUUGAGUACUUCCUAAGAGGUUAGCACAUUGAGUUUUUAUAAAAAGCCUAAGCAUAGGUACUGUUUACAUGAUUCAAAUGAGGAAACGGACCUUUCCACAGCUACCCAGCUGGUGGUAACGGAGCCUCAUUUUGAAUCAGGUUCUGCUGACCGGAUGGGAUGCACUGUCGAGCAAGGUUUUUCAGCGCUACUCAAAGUGUGGUCCUCAGACCAAUGCCUGGACCAAAUGUGCCUAGCCCCGUAUGUUACUGGUCUGCGAGGAGGUACUCUGAAAGCAACUUGUUGGACUAAUUUUGUUUCUGUUGAAUCUUAAUAAAAAAAAAACUGGGGCUUGUA